UGGAAGUGCAAUCACAUAAAACAGGUCAAUGUUACAACACAUGCUCAUAACCAUAAGUAGCUCACUCAGGCAGGACAGUCAACGCAAACGAACAUGUCAGGAACUCAAGUAACAAAUAUGUCAGGAACUCAAGGAACUAUUGCAUCGCCAGGAAUAGGAAGAGAUGAAAAUAUAUUUGAUCCUUUUACGGAUUAUUUAAACUUACAUGCAAUGAUCGGAACAACUACCGGGGAUCAGUUAUUCCCGCAAAACCCCAGCCUGGCCGGAGAAUUGAACCGGCUCUUCGAACCCGUAUCUGUGAACCAUGUCGUUGAAAGGCAAAGAUUCAAUAGUACUAGCACUGUCUGUAGCAGUGGGUACAUGAGCUGCAGCCCAACUUCAGACGAAGAAAGUGUUCAAGCCCCCAUUGAUGAUUUCAGAUCAAAUGGUAGGGAAUGUGAGAUUGACGAUAUCGAGUUGUAUUUUAACUCCCUACAUUUGGACUUGGAGUCUCGUCUCCCACGACCAUGGAAUGCCGUCACGGAAGACUUAGUCAAAGCAGAUAUGCUUCAAAUGAGACCAGGCCAGAAGAAACAAAGAAGUCCUCCGUCCACCUAUCUGACCGAAGCACCUGUGUGUGUGUUUUGCCGCAAUAACGGGGAAAGUGAACAAGUAUAUCGCGGACAUUUCUUGAAGGACGACCAAAAGCGUAUUACAUGCCCUGUUCUCCGGGCGUACACAUGUCCAAUAUGUAAAGCAUCUGGUGAUGAUGCCCAUACCAUCAAAUACUGUCCCCUGGGAGGAGAAACCACAAGUGCGGUGAAGGCUCUACGCACCCCCAGGACCAGUAAUGGCAAGAAAAGAAUCAAUUAA